CGCGCGGAUGUUUACUUAGACUGCAAAUUUUAACCUGCACUUAAGACUGCAAACUAAGUUUGCGAGAGAAAUCUUGGAAGCCAUUCUGUCAAAGGUUUCUACUUUCUUGGACUGUGAACUCGGUUUUGUUGAGGAUUUCCUGAAGUUAGGAUUAUUCACCAUCAGGACAGAUUUACAGGACAGACAUUUUCUAUCAUCAUGCUCCCGGACUGAUUCAUUGAAACCGGAGUGUAAUUCACUGAGAUCAGACACUUCAGGAUCUCAACUGCUAGUUUGUGUAUACUUUACUAAUAUUCAAAGAUGGAGACUCCUGAUCUGGACACUGAUAAUGUGUCCCCACCCUCUAAAAAUCGUAAACUCCAGGGAGAGAGAUCAGAAUCAGCAGCGCCCAGCUGUGUCUCCAUGAAGAGUGAUUGGUCUAUUGAUCGUCCUAUUGUGUUUAAAGCUGGAGUCUCCUCACCUCUACACAGUGAUCUACAGAAGGCAGGAGACAAAACAGGAAAGAACAUCAUCACAGAUACAGGGCACGACCCAGAAUCUGCUGCUGUAAAUGAAUUCCAGGAAAAGUUCAAAUUAAAUCUGAUGAAGAAGUUUCAGUUCUUGAAUGGAGUGAUAAUAAACCUGGGAACCCAAACACUCCUGAAUGAGAUCUACACAGAGCUCUACAUCACAGAGGGAGACAGUGAAGAAGUCAAUAAUGAACAUGAGGUGAGACAGAUCGAAGCAGCGUCCAGGAGAAUAACAACAGAGGAAACAUCAAUCAAAUGCAAUGACAUCUUUAAGCCCUUAUCUGAAGAAGACAAACCCAUCAAAUCUGUGCUGACAAAGGGAGUCGCUGGCAUCGGAAAAACUGUCUCUGUGCAGAAGUUCAUUGUGGACUGGGCUGAAGGGAAAGCAAAUCAGGACGUCCACCUCAUAUUUCCACUUCCUUUUAGAGAGCUGAAUUUGAUGGAGGACCAGAAACUGAGUCUGAUGGAGCUCCUUCAUGUCUGUUUUAAAGAAACAAAAGAAACAGAAAUGUCUAGUAUGAAAAAGGUUCUGUUUAUUUUUGAUGGAUUGGAUGAGUGUCGUUUUCCUCUAGAUUUCCAGAACACAGUGAGAGUGUGUGAUGUAACUGAAUCAGUAUCAGUGCCUGUGCUGCUGAUAAACCUGAUCAAAGGGAAUCUGCUUCCCUCUGCUCUCAUCUGGAUCACCUCCCGACCUGCAGCAGCUGAUCAAAUCCCCUCUGUGUGUGUCCAUCGAGUCACAGAGGUACGAGGGUUCAGUAACCCACAGAAGGAGGAGUACUUCAGGAAGAGGAUCAGUGAUCAGAGCCUGGCCAAUAACAUCAUCACACACCUGAAGUCAUUAAGAAGUCUCUACAUCAUGUGUCACAUCCCAGUCUUCUGCUGGAUUUCAGCUGCUGUUCUAGAGAGAAUGUUGGGUGAAGCAGAGAGAGGAGAGAUACCCAAGACUCUGACUGAAAUGUACACACACUUCCUCAUCAUUCAGAUAAACAUCAUAAGAGAAAAGUAUUUAAAGAAGCAGGAGAGUGAUAAAGAAAUGCUUCUUAAACUGGGACAACUGGCUUUUGAGCAGCUGGAGAAAGGGAACCUGAUCUUCUAUGAGGAAGACCUGAGAGAGUGUGGCAUUGAUGUGAGAGAAGCAGCAGUGUACUCAGGUGUGUGUACGCAGAUCUUCAGAGAGGAGUUUGGGCUUCACCAGAGUAAAGUGUACUGCUUUGUUCAUCUAAGCAUUCAGGAACACCUCGCAGCUCUGUAUGUGCACCUGAUGUUCAGGAUGGACAAUAAAAAUGUUUUUAAAAAGAGUCAAGCUUCAAAAUUACAAAUUACAGUUUUAGAUUUCCACAAGUCUGCUGUAGUUGAAGCUUUAAAAAGUCAGACUGGACAUCUGGAUCUUUUCCUUCGCUUUCUUCUGGGUCUCUCACUGGAGUCCAAUCAGAAACUCUUACAGGUCUUAGUAACACCGACAGGAAGUAGCUUCCAGAGGACACAGGAAACAGUUCAGUACAUUAAGGAGAGGAUCAGUAGAGAGCGUUCUACAGAGAAAUCCAUCAAUCUGUUCCAUUGUCUGAAUGAACUGGGUGAUAAUUCUCUAGAGGAGGAAAUCCAACACUACCUGAAACCUGGAAAACAAAGUGAACUCUCUUCUUCACAGUUGUCUGCUUUGGUGUUUGUGUUACUGACAUCAGCACAGGAGCUGGAGGAAUUUGACCUGAAUAAAUAUUUCAGUCCAGAUAAGAUAACAGAUGAUGUUCUUCUGAAGCUGAUGCCUGUGAUUGCAGCAUCCAGGAAAGCAAUUAUCAGGUGUGAUAAAGUUGGAGUGAAAAGUGGGUCAGCUCUGGUCUCAGCACUCAACUCAGAAACCUCCAAUCUGAGAGAACUGCAUCUGACUGUGAAAACACUGGAUCUGUCCUACAGUACACUAGGAGACUCAGGAGUAAAGACUCUCUCUGCUGUACUGGAGAAUCCUCACAGUAAAGUGGAAAGUCUGAGGUUGCGUGGUUGUGGUGUCUCAGAUGAAGGCUGUGCUGCUCUGACUUCAGCUCUGAGAUCAAACCCCUCACACCUGAGAGGACUGGAUCUGUCCUAUAAUAAAGUAGGAGACUCAGGAGUGAAGUGUCUCUGUGCUGUACUACAGAAUCCUCUCUGUAAACUGGAGACACUGGGGUUGUGGUCUUGUGGUGUCUCAGAUGAAGGCUGUGCUGCUCUGACUUCAGCUCUGAGAUCAAACCCCUCACACCUGAGAGAACUGGAUCUGACUGAUAAUAAAGUAGGAGACUUAGGAGUGAAGUGUCUCUGUGCUGUACUGGAGAAUCCUCACUGUAAACUGGAGACACUGAGGUUGCAGUCUUGUGGUGUCUCAGAUGAAGGCUGUGCUGCUCUGACUUCAGCUCUGAGAUCAAACCCCUCACACCUGAGAGAACUGGAUCUGUCCUGGAAUAGAGUAGGAGACUCAGGAGUGAAGCGUCUCUGUGCUGUACUACAGAAUCCUCUCUGUAAACUGGAGACACUGAGUUUGCAGUGGUGUGGUGUCUCAGAUGAAGGCUGUGCUGCUCUGACUUCAGCUCUGCGAUCAAACCCCUCACACCUGAAAGUACUGGAUCUGGUCUUGAAUAAUGUAGGAGACUCAGGAAAGAAGCUGCUCUCUGCUCUUAAGGAUGAUGAACAUUACAAACUACAGACACUGAAGUGA